AUGUCCUUGCAGCAAUCUCUAGCAAUACACCUCUACACCAAUUCUAUCAAUCCGAUGUAUAUAUCCCCUCUUCACCAGUUUUUGAGAAUAUCCGCGCCUACGCAGAUACAAUCGCAAAUCAGCCAACUACACAGAUUAAUGAACAUGCGACAUUAG